CGCUGUGCGCUAUGUUCGCGUUUUGAAGCCCACGUUGAUUAGCCGACGCAGAAAGCCGCAGCUGGGUAUGUGACCUGGGACCCUGUUUAUGAGGGACUCGCUCGUUUUCACCAGAAGACAGCACUGUACGUUGUUACUUCUUCUCCCCACAGUUCAAAAUCAGCUCUUGUCCGCAGGAAGCAAUGACCAUGUAGAUUCCACGGCUUGGAGCAGCAUAAUGGGAAGCAGUGAAUGGAGCGGAGCCGGUCUGCAGCCUUGAAAGCAGCCCUUCGGCGAGCCGCCACUCAGUCAGGGACCCCUCGCACGUCGGAGGCGUUCUCCGCUUCGCCUGCUGGACAAACUGGAUUCUUUUUAAAUUCUUAGGUUGGAAUUUGAGAUUUCUUUCCUUCAAUUUUUAAACAGUUUUAAGAUCGUAUCAACUAUAAAGAGUGGAGCAAUAUAAUCGGCAACAAUGGGUGACAUGACAAACAGCGAUUUUUAUUCCAAGAACCAAAGAAAUGAGGCCAACCAUGCAGGAGAGUUUGGGUGCACGCUGCAAGAACUGCGCUCCCUCAUGGAACUGCGAGGAACAGAGGCAGUAGUAAAAAUUAAAGAGACAUAUGGGGAAACAGAGGGGCUCUGCAGACAUCUGAAGACAUCACCAACAGAAGGAUUAUCUGGCACUGCUGCAGACCUAGAAAAAAGAAAGCUUAUUUUUGGGAAAAACUUUAUACCUCCAAAGAAGCCAAAAACAUUCUUACAGCUAGUCUGGGAAGCGCUACAGGAUGUGACUCUUAUAAUCUUGGAAAUUGCAGCCAUCAUAUCUUUGGGGCUUUCGUUUUAUCAGCCACCUGGAGAAGGGAAUGAAGGGUGCGGUACUGCCACAGGAGGAGCUGAGGAUGAAGGUGAGGCUGAAGCUGGCUGGAUCGAAGGUGCUGCCAUCCUGCUCUCCGUUAUUUGUGUCGUACUCGUCACUGCCUUUAAUGACUGGAGCAAGGAGAAGCAGUUUCGUGGGCUUCAAAGCCGUAUCGAGCAGGAGCAGAAGUUCACCGUCGUGCGAGGCGGACAGGUUAUCCAGAUCCCGGUGGCGGAGAUAGUGGUGGGUGACAUCGCGCAGGUGAAAUAUGGUGAUCUCCUACCUGCCGAUGGGAUAUUUAUUCAAGGAAAUGAUCUUAAAAUUGAUGAAAGCUCUUUAACUGGAGAGUCAGACCAAGUCCGCAAGUCGGUUGACAAAGACCCAAUGCUGCUGUCAGGUACUCACGUCAUGGAAGGCUCUGGACGAAUGCUGGUAACUGCUGUGGGUGUGAAUUCCCAGACAGGCAUCAUCUUUACUCUGUUAGGUGCUGGAGGAGAAGAAGAAGAGAAGAAAGAUAAGAAAGGUAUGGAACAGGAGGAUGGACAUCAGCUUCCAGUAGAUUCUUCCCAUCCCUCCUCCCACCCUCCUUCAGCUACAGAUGGUGCAGCAGGUGCAAAUGCCACUGAUAAUGCAAAUGCCAGCUUAGUCAAUGGCAAAAUGCAGGAUGGGAAUAUGGAGAACAGCCAGAACAAAGCCAAGCAGCAGGACGGGGCUGCUGCCAUGGAGAUGCAGCCGCUGAAGAGCGCGGAAGGGGGAGAGGGAGAUGACAAGGACAAGAAGAAAGCCAACAUGCACAAGAAGGAGAAAUCUGUCCUCCAGGGAAAGCUGACCAAGCUGGCAGUCCAGAUAGGCAAAGCAGGUUUGGUGAUGUCUGCCAUCACUGUAAUCAUUUUGGUACUAUAUUUUGCCAUUGACACCUUUGUGGUCAACAAGAAACAGUGGUUGCCUGAGUGCACGCCUGUCUACGUUCAGUAUUUUGUUAAAUUCUUCAUUAUUGGUGUUACGGUGCUUGUGGUUGCUGUUCCUGAGGGACUUCCACUUGCUGUCACUAUUUCUCUUGCUUAUUCUGUAAAGAAAAUGAUGAAGGAUAACAAUCUGGUCCGCCACUUAGACGCCUGUGAAACUAUGGGUAACGCUACAGCCAUCUGCUCCGACAAGACAGGGACCCUGACGACCAACCGGAUGACAGUCGUGCAAGCCUACGUGGGUGACGUCCACUACAAGGAGAUCCCGGACCCCGAUUCGGUACCCGCCAAAACCCUCGAGCUGCUGGUUAAUGCAAUUGCUAUCAACAGUGCUUAUACUACAAAAAUUCUGCCACCAGAAAAGGAGGGUGGCCUGCCUCGCCAGGUCGGCAAUAAGACGGAGUGUGGCCUUCUGGGGUUUGUCCUGGACUUGAAGCAGGAUUACGAGCCUGUGCGCAACCUCAUCCCCGAGGAGAAGCUCUAUAAGGUUUACACUUUCAACUCCGUGCGGAAGUCGAUGAGUACUGUCAUUAAAAUGCCAGAUGGUAGCUUCCGAAUGUACAGCAAAGGGGCUUCUGAGAUCGUGCUGAAGAAGUGUUCCAGGAUCCUUAAUGCAGCUGGUGAACCUCGUAUCUUCAGACCACGCGACCGUGAUGAAAUGGUGAAGAAGGUGAUUGAACCCAUGGCCUGCGAUGGAUUGAGAACUAUCUGUGUCGCUUUCCGGGACUUCAGCAGCAACCCAGAGCCUGACUGGGACAACGAAAAUGACAUUUUAUCGGACUUGACUUGCAUUUGUGUUGUUGGCAUCGAAGACCCAGUAAGGCCAGAGGUCCCUGAAGCCAUAAGAAAGUGCCAGCGAGCUGGAAUUACGGUCCGCAUGGUCACUGGAGACAACAUCAACACAGCGCGUGCCAUUGCCAUAAAAUGUGGAAUCAUUCAUCCAGGAGAAGACUUUCUCUGCCUUGAAGGGAAAGAGUUUAACAGAAGGAUUCGAAAUGAGAAGGGGGAGAUUGAGCAAGAACGGAUUGACAAAAUCUGGCCAAAGCUUCGAGUGCUUGCUCGCUCAUCUCCCACUGACAAACACACUUUGGUAAAAGGUAUUAUUGACAGCACACAGGUGGAACAGAGGCAGGUUGUAGCUGUGACUGGUGAUGGAACCAAUGAUGGACCAGCACUUAAAAAAGCUGAUGUUGGCUUUGCAAUGGGUAUUGCUGGUACAGAUGUUGCAAAGGAAGCCUCAGAUAUUAUCCUAACAGAUGACAAUUUCAGUAGCAUUGUGAAGGCUGUAAUGUGGGGCCGUAAUGUCUAUGACAGUAUCUCCAAGUUCCUGCAGUUCCAGCUCACUGUGAACAUCGUGGCUGUGAUUGUGGCUUUCACUGGAGCAUGCAUUACCCAGGACUCUCCUCUGAAAGCUGUGCAGAUGUUGUGGGUCAACCUAAUCAUGGACACCUUUGCCUCGCUCGCUCUGGCCACUGAGCCCCCGACAGAAGCCCUGUUGCUACGAAAGCCAUACGGCCGAAACAAACCCCUCAUAUCACGCACCAUGAUGAAGAACAUUCUGGGCCAUGCUGUUUAUCAGCUUACUCUCAUAUUCACACUUCUUUUUGUUGGUGAGAAAAUGUUUAAGAUUGACAGUGGGAGGAAUGCACCACUCCACUCUCCUCCUUCAGAGCACUACACCAUUAUCUUCAACACCUUCGUCAUGAUGCAGCUUUUCAAUGAAAUCAACGCACGCAAAAUCCAUGGCGAAAGAAAUGUCUUUGAUGGCAUCUUCAGAAAUCCUAUUUUUUGCACUAUUGUACUGGGUACAUUUGCUAUUCAGAUAGUAAUUGUCCAGUUUGGAGGAAAACCAUUUAGCUGUUCUCCCCUGCAGCUUGACCAAUGGAUGUGGUGUGUAUUUAUUGGAUUAGGAGAACUUGUAUGGGGUCAGGUCAUUGCAACCAUCCCAACAAGUAGGCUAAAGUUUUUAAAGGAGGCAGGGCGGCUCACUGAAAAAGAGGAAGUCCCGGAAGAAGAGCUCAAUGAAGAUGUUGAAGAAAUCGAUCAUGCAGAGAGAGAACUUCGACGUGGACAAAUUCUCUGGUUCAGAGGGCUCAACAGAAUCCAAACCCAGAUCCGCGUCGUGAAGGCAUUCCGUAGCUCUCUCUAUGAAGGUUUAGAAAAACCAGAAUCUAGAACCUCUAUUCACAACUUUAUGACUCAUCCUGAGUUUAGGAUAGAAGAUUCCCAGCCCCACAUCCCACUCAUUGAUGACACAGACCUAGAAGAAGACCCUGCUCUCAAGAAAAACUCAAGUCCACCAUCUUCGCUGAACAAGAACAACAGUGCUAUCGACAGUGGAAUAAAUCUUACAACUGACACAAGUAAAUCAGCUACCUCUUCUAGUCCAGGAAGCCCAAUACAUAGCCUGGAGACAUCACUUUAGCUGAAAAGGUCACUGCAAAAAAAAAAAAUAAAUAAAAAAUAAAAAAACAGCAACCGAAAUAUAUAAAUAUAUAUAUUAAAAACAUUGCUGGCUGAAAAGCUGUUUGAACUCUUACUCACUUUGAGACAAGUGAAUGAAUUGUUGAUCACAAUGGUUUUGGGGAAAGAAUGAAUGGCUGAUUUACAUACCCUCUCUUGUUCCCUUUCAGAAAAACAAAAACAAAAAAAAUCCUCUUGCAUGAAUGUACCGUACACUUCCAGCCCUUCUUUCUCUCUUUUUGUUUCUUUUUGUUUCUUUUUUUUUUUUUCCUCCUUAAGCAGGAACUGCAGAGGACUUCUUUCUGAGGCUAUUUAUCCAAUUCACUGGUCUGUGAGUUUUUUGAAAUGCUUGUGUGGCAUGGACUCAGUUGUAUAGAUUAAUUUAAAUAACUUUUUUGAAGUUGCAAAGCUUAACUUGCACAGUAGAUUUGCACCAGUUGGACAGAGGAACUUAAACAUUUAUGAGACUAUAUAUAGAGAUAUAUACAUAUAAGUAUAUACAUAAUUAAUUAUAUAUAUGUAUAUAUCUAUCUAUAUAUAUAUAGUUAUAUAUAUAUAAAGUUUCUUUGUUGGCAUGUUGCCUUGUUUCUGCUCAAAUUGCUCUGACUAUUUUAACUUAUUUAUGUCCUAAAAAAGAAUGUAAUUUGUUUACAAACCUGUAGAUAAUAUCCUUAACUAUUUGUAGGGUUAAGAAAGCACUUCCUGCCGAAGUAGUAUAAAAAUGGCUCAGCUCAGCUCAUCGAAAAUGUCUGUAAUAUCACACCCUGGAUAUUUUAUUACAACCGUGUUCUGAUUUCUGCCUGAUUUUUUUUUUCAUUAAAUAAUGUAGAUACUGCUAGUAAAUAACAAAAGAAGCCAAAAUAUAACACAUUGGAUGUAGCAUUGUGGUCCUAUAUACAGGGAGGUAAAACAGGCUUCCUUUGUUUCAAAUAAAAAUCAGAAUGAUCAGGUUCUCUCUUUUCUUUUUCCUCUAAUAAAUUGCUUGAACUCAUUUUGGUGCAACAUAUGAUAAUGGAGGCUGUUUCAUCCUUUAAAAAUAUGGCAAUGGCUUCCAAAAAAUAUUUUUAGAGAGCUAUUAUAUGAAACUGAGUUGAGUUUAUAAAUAACAGAUUAAAAAUAAGUUAUAUUUGGUUUGUCUAUAUGGAGAUCAAAAUAAUGUUAAACUAUUGUGAUAUACUGUGUUAAUUCUUUUCAGUUAGUAAUUUAGGCAUUUAUUUCCUUAUGACUUACAAAGUAUGGGCUGUUGGCAUUUUGGAUGAAAAUCACUGUAGGUUGUUGCUUUGAUUUUUUUUUAAGAAAAAUAUCAUUUCUGCACUAUCUAGGUCUGAAUGAAACUUUGUUAAUUAUAUAUGAAGAUGUGCUUUGUGUGAUUUUUUUUUUAACCAAGCUUGUCUUCCUGUAGUCACAAAAUAUACUGUAACACAGUAAUACAUUGUUUUACCUAAUUAUGGCGCUUUCUACAAAGAAAGCUAUUUUGCAAACCUGCAGUAUAGAGGGUGAAAAAUAUUUUUCAAGAUGGUAACAGCCCUGAUAACUUAAAAUUUAUGAGCUUAUAUAAUUGCUAUGUCAACCACUUGAAUGCUAAGCACUUUGUGGAUCACAGAUUUUUCAUAAAUAAUUUUUGUAUUUAAUAUAAAGUUUGCUUGGAGACUUUUCAGCAUAUGAUCUUUUCCAUAACUGUACAGUGCAAAAGACAUUUUGAACUACACAAUUGAUUAUGCCAGAUGUGUUGAAAACACUCUCAAACUAGCUUGAUAAAUUGAUUUGUUAAGCUAUUACCGGUUGUGUUAAAGUUGGCUAAUAACAUGGUGCAUCUCUGCAGUCACAAGAACUAAUUCAAGCCAGAACUCUCCAAAACAAGAUUAGACUCAUGGCCAAACUGCAGACUGAACUGACUAAAAUGUUUUAAGGGUGCAUCAGGACUAUUCAGCCAGGUAAAGCCUGAAUUGCCAGCUUCCGGACUUUUGUGUAGAAGCUUGAAUGUUUUUGGCUCAAACUCAUAGUUCACUAUCUGAUCCACUUUUCACUGAACAACAACAGAACAGGUCUUUGAAGGCUUAUACAGCUCUGUUUUCAACAGAUAGUGUUACCCAUUUCUUAACAGUAAAAAGCUAGCAUGAAAACAUAAUUAUUUUAGCUAAUUCCUAGCAACAAAGUGAUUGAAACUCAGUCAGGAUUGUUCCUUGCUUUGUAAAUAUGGUGAUUAACCUUUGUAUAACAUGUAUUGGGUUUCUAUGGCCUAUUUGGGAUAUCAUAUUCAGAAGAAACAAAAGUGUUAUCUAUUUGCAGGGAAGCCUCUAGCUUUGGACUUGAACAUCUACAAAAGCUACCAAUACUGGAACAAUUUAUUUUCAGCAUCUUAACACUGAAUAUUUGCCUUUUUAUUUUCAAACACUUCCAUGUUUUUUCUUGGUUUCAUUUUUUUAACUUUUCCAGUAGGAAUACCCCUCCCUAAGGUACCAUUUGCAGACUUGAAAACUGUUAAGAAAAUGAACACUGCAUUCUGUGUAUAUAUAGUAAAACAUAUAUAAACUGAGAUGCAUAGAACAUUUGGGCUUUUGUGAGCAGAGACUGUGCUUUAUGUAUAUGAUAAAUGAUAGAAUUUUUUUUUUAAAGCAGAAUAGCUAAGACCUUUCAACUACAAGUCGUGCAUCACAAUUCUUUUCUUUUAUUGCUUGACCUCUCUGUGAUGGGAACAAUGGAUCAAAAACCAAAAUGAUCAGUUUGUUAAAACUCCCUGCAAUAUAUAAAUGCUCGCUCUCUACGUACUGUACUUAGCAGCAUGAGAUUUGUGGACAACAAUACAGUGGUACAUUGGCAAUCCAUCCCACUAGGGGUUAUUAAUAUAUGUUCAUUCAUCUGUUUUUAUGAAUUUUUUUAUCUAGACAAUAAUUGUAAAUAAAGAACUUACUCUGUCUGUUCAUUUAAUACUAUGCAAAAGGUUAUGCUUUCUAUUGUUAUUCUUAUUCCUACAGUGUGAUGCUGGAAUGUUUGUGGUUUCAAAAAAAAAAAAAAAGACAAAAGUAAGUAAAAUAUGUGAUGUAAAUUAUUUUAUAGUUUGAAACAAAAUGAUAAAGUUUUACUCUUGCUGCUUACUGUCUAAUAGAUCUCUCUUGGCAGGAGCACAAGUGGAAAAUUUAAAGAAAUAAAUUCACAAAGCAGCAUGAACAAUAA